CGGACGCUUAUUAGAAUCCUUCUGAAGUUGUGUUGUUUCACUACAAGAACAAAAUGCCUGCAAAAAAAUGUGUGUUAUUGAUGAUAAGUGUGUUCUGUCUACACAGCGGAGAAGCCGUGAAACGUGAAAAUGUUCUGACGCAGGCCGUCUUUUACCAGACACUGGAACCAUCAGGAGAAUACAUGUUUCAGUUUGACAAAGAUGAGAUCUUCUAUGUAGAUUUGGAUAAAAAGCAGACCGUGUGGAGGCUCCCACAGUUUGGUGAAGUGGCCGGCUUUGAGGCAGCUGCAGCUCUGCAGAAUAUGGCUGUGCUGAAACAUAAUCUUGAUUCUUAUAAGCAGCGGUCAAACUUCACAGAAGCAAAAAACGUUCCUCCUGAAGUUCAUGUAUUUCCUGAAAGCUCUGUGAUUGUGGGUGAGCCUAAUAUUCUGAUCUGUCUGGGUACCAAGUUCUUUCCACCUGUGAUCAAGAUGAGCUGGCAGAAGAACAGUGUGCCUGUGACAGAAGGAGUGUCAAUGACGGACUUCUACCCCACACCAGAUGGAUCAUUCAGCAAGUUCCUGUACUUAACUACCAUCCCACAGGAUGGAGAAGUGUACACCUGUUCUGUGGAACAUGCUGGAAAGACUACGAACACUUUCUGGCACCCUGAGGUAUCCAAGCCGAUUUCUGAGGCCACUGAGAACGUGAUCUGUGGUCUGGGUCUGCUUUUUGGCAUGUGUGGUGUCAUUGCUGCAAUUGUGCUGAUCUGUAAAGGAAUGAAGAGUAUGAAUCAAGGAAGAGGGCACUAACACUGCAGGUUUUGUCAUCACUCUUUAAUGCUUCUGAGCUGUUCUCAUAUUUAAAGUUUUCAAAAUGCUAAUUGAAAUGCUGGAUGAAGAAAUAAGCAUUAUAGGAGAUCAUCUGAUACUGAAGAGUCAUCACACUGCACUUUCUCUCAAUUCAAAGCUUUUAGUACCAUAACCUUUAUCCCAUGCUUUAAGAGAACAGAAAUAAAUGUACUAAACAUUUUACUAUCAGCAGUUCUAAAUGACAGCUUUUGUGAUUUCCCCCCUUGAAAAUAAAAGAGAAGAAAAGAAAAACAUUGA